ACUGUGCAUGCACCGUCGGAUGCGUUGAGCUUUGGGUCUAAUGCCGUAAACAAGAUUUUCACGGACAGAUUUGUCAAGAGAGCCACUGUUUUUGGUCUAGCUAAUGUUUGCAAAACAACAAAAUGCAAACUCUCCGGGAGGAAAAGGGUCCUCCUCUUCCUCUGUCGUCUAUGCGUCUUUUUAUUCCUCCACUGCGCCUGGUGUGUGCAGCUCUGUGGCAGGUUGUAGAGCGGAGAGACAUCAUGGACUAUGGGCUGCUGGAGGAGUUUGCCACCAGCGUGUUGGACAUAGUCCCUGAACUGAUGACUUACAGAGAGAGGGUCCAACUCCUCAUGGGACUGAGAGCACGGCUGGUUCUGGAGUUGUGUCGCUGUGAUGAUGAGCUGUGUCGCCCUGAUACUGUCCAGCCACACCUGAACAGGAUAAGGAGCUGUGUCUCCAAUCAGAAGGGAGAGGUUUCAGAUCCAAAGGUGGAAGCAUCAGAGGCCAGCUUCAUGAAGCUGAUUGAAACCCUACUGGAGCAACCAGAGGAGAGGGAACUCUUCUUUCAGAAUGUUUUUCCAGAGGAGUAUGGCCCCAAGUAUGACUCAACACUGCAGAUUCUUGUGUGGGAGUUCCUGUCCAGGCUGGAGAAACUGAUUCCUGCUCCAAACCUUAAGCAGACUGCAUCUUGGCUCAGCCUUGCCCCUGCUCUCUUAGAGGAGUGUGUGCAGUCUGUGGCUCACCCUGAGCCAUUACAGGCACUCCUCCAUCACCAUAAAAAUGGACAUCACUUAGACACCAAUGCUCUAAGGUCCACUGGUGGUGACUACAUCCUCUCUUCACUGUCUUUCCCUUCCUCUGUGAAGGAAGAAAUUGCCUCUUGCCAAGCAGGCCCAGAGAGACAGUCCUAUCCCACCAUAAAGGGAUAUCAAACCCCUUUCCCAUCUGAUGAACCAGAGAUGAGCUGGGACUGCAGAAUGGCAGAUCGUAAGGUCUGGACUGUAAAGCCACCAGCCCGUUCUGCUUCUGUGGAGGUCGAGGUCAAGACUGUAGAGGACGCCACUGAAAUAACCGUUAAACGCAAGACUAUCAACAAAGAGUUGAUAAAAGAAACCAGGAGAGAAAAAGCUGUUCUCUGCCCUCAGACUCGCAGUGGGCUGAAAACCAGCCGCUUGACUGCUUCCUGUCUGCGCCGUCAUCCCGUACUGCGGUUGAACAGGCUUGACAUUCGCAAUAUGUCAUUACCCAAGUCCUUGCUAACACUGAUUCUAAGGAGAGGGAGACUGCAGGCUGAGACAAGACGCCCAGGACCGAAAGGAAUUGACAGAAAAAAGAAACGGAGAAGAGGUCGUGGUAUUACAAAAGAGAAGAUUAAAUCACACACACUUGAUGUAAGCGAUAUGCCGCUACCCAAGUCCCAGCUGACACUGACCCUAAAGAGAGGGGUACUGCUGGAUGAUCCGACGAGUUCCCAAGUACAGAAAAAAAGAGGUAGAAAAAAAGGAGAGAAAAUAGGACCUGGUAUCACAAGAUUAAAGAUUGAGAAGAUUGGAGCACACACGCUUGACAUAAGCGAUGUGCCAUUACCCAACCCCUCUCUAAAACUGGUCAUAAGGAGAGGGAAACUGCAGGCUGAAGCAACAGGUUCUCAAGGGAAAAAAACAAGGGGCAGAAAGAAAAAAUGGAGAAGACGGUGUGGUGUCAAAAAUGAGGGUGUGAAAAGAGAGAGGUCACCUGAAACUGAGGAAGAAGCUGAACCAUCAGAUUAUGAACUUUGGACCAGCGUUAAUAAAGGGGUCACGCUCAAUGAAAGGGCCCCUGUCGAUGAAUCUGGUGGAGUCCAUGCUUCUCAUUUCCCAUCAUCUCAUAAGCGGGAGGAGGAACAGCCCAUACAGACCUUUCACACAGAGGAGCACAGUGGUCAUAUGGCCGAAGGGCAGAACAGAGUAGAAGUCUCAGAGAUUGUACCUCAGGACUCACUAACUCCUGAGCCAUCCAACACCGCUCACAGAAUUCAUUCAGAGGAGCACAGUGGUCAGAUGGCCGAAGGGCAGAACAAAGUAGAAGUCUCAGAGAUUGUACCUCAGGACUCACUAACUCCUGAGCCAUCCAACACCUCUCACAGAAUUCAUUCAGAGGAGCACAGUGGUCAGAUGGCCGAAGGGCAGAACAGGGAAGAACUCUCAGAGAUUGUUCUUCAGGACUCAUUAACUCCUGAGCCAUCCAACACCUCUCACAGAAUUCAUUCAGAGGUGCACAGUGGUCAGAUGGCCAAAGGGCAGAACAGGGAAGAACUUCCAGUGAUGGUAUCUCAGGAUUUUCUAACUCCUGAGCCAUCCAACACCUCUCACAGAAUACAUUCAGAGGAGCACAGUGGUCAGAUGGCCAAAGGGCAGAACAGGGAAGAACCCUCUGAGAUUGUACCUCAGGACUCACCAAUUCCUGAGCCAUCCAACACCUCUCACAAACUUCAUUCAGAGGAGCACAGUGGUCAGAUGGCCGAAGGGCAGAACAGAGACGAACUGCCAGAGAUGGUUCCUCAGAACUUAAGAACUCCUGAGCCAUCCAACACCUCUCACAAAGUUCACUCCGAGGAGCACAGUGGUCGUAUGUUCGAAGAGCAGAACAGAGAUGAACUUCCAGAGAUGGUACCUCAGGACUUACUAACUCCUGAGCCAUCCAACACCGCUCACACAAUUCAUUCUGAGGAGCACAGUGGUCAGAUGGCUGAAGGGCAGAAGAGAGAACUCCCAGAGGUGGUACCUCAGGACUCACUAACUCCUGAGCCAUCCAACACCUCUCACAAAAUUCAUUCCGAUGAGCACAGUGGUCAGAUGGCCGAAGGGCAGAAGAGAGAAGUCUCUGAGAUUGUACCUCAGGACUCAUUAAGUCCGGAACCAUUCAACACCUCUCACAAAAGCUUUCACUUACAGGAGCAUAGUGGUCAUAUGACCGAAGGGCAGAACGUAGAAAAACCUUUAGAGAGUGUACCUAAGGACUUACUAACUGAGAUUGUACUUCAGCACUCGUUAAUUCCUGAGCCAUCCAACAGCUCGCACAAAAGAAGCCAGCGCGUCAAGGCAUGCUCUUUCUGUGGCAAGACUUUCACUGACACACUGGGCUUGACAAGACACAUGCGAUCUCACAUUGAGCAGAGGUCACACCAAUGCACCCAAUGUGGGCAAGACUAUGAUUCCAGUGAGGACUUAGAGGAGCACCAGAAGAGAAGCUGUGAGGAGAAGAUAAAAAAAUACAUUGGUGAGGACAAUGGUGGGGAAACUGUCCAGAAAAAAACGCAUCUGAAAAGAGACAAAAAACCUGAUCUGAAAGCAGACAAAAAACCUGAUCUGAAACCAGACAAAAAACCUGAUCUGAAAGGACACACAAAAGAUCGCUCCAUAAUGUGCCAUGUGUGCGGGAAAGUAACUACUCGUAUGUUGGGUUUGCGAAGACACCUUCUACUUCACUUCAACAAUGGAGCAUACAAAUGCCCUGUAUGUCCAACGACUUUUAUAACAAAUGCUGAUUUGAGAUCGCACCUGAGAUUGAAAAGAUCUUGUAGGGAAAAAUGUUCUGAUGAAGUAAUUAAUACCAAGAUCCAUCUCCAAUCCAACCCUGGUGAGUACAAGUGUCCUUACUGUGGGGACACUUUCCAGCUACCACAUGAUCUGAAAGGACACACAAAAGACUGUUCCAGAAAGUGCCAUGUGUGUGGGAAAACAACUUUGAAGCCAUGCGGCAUGCGAAGGCACAUGUUAAAACACAACAACAAUGGCCCCUACAAGUGCCCGGUGUGUCCAAGGACUUUUAUAUCCCGUACUGAUUUGAAGAUGCACCUGAAAAAAAAUAAGCAAUGUAGAGAGAAUUGUUCUGAUGUCAUGGUGAAGGAAUUGCUGUCAUCAGUAGAUGGUAGAUGUAGGAAAACUGAAACAGGAGUCAUGACAAGCUGCCAACAACCAAGCUCCAGCAAGACAGGUGGGCCUUCAAAGAAUAUUGAACAGUUCUUUGAACAGUUCUCUUAUGACUUUCAGCAAUCCAAUAACAGCGCGAGUAGUGAUGUGAAGCUGAAUAGCCUCAAUGAAAACUACAGUAAAUACCAACCCAUGAAGGAUGUUGACUUGAAUAGCCUCCGUGAAGCCUCCAUGGUGACCACUGAAGACUACAGUGAUGAGAUCAGUCAAUACCAACCCAUGAAGGACAAAAAGUCUGUGUAUGAUUCAUUGGAAAAUGAGAUGCCCAACGAUAAAGAACCAAACUCAACCAUUGGCUUAACAGGGAAGCAGGUGUUCCAGACUGAUCCAAAGCCUCUCCAGGAUUCUCAACCAGAGAUAAGCGGAGAAGUGAAGAGCGAGAUACAGGCUGAAGCCACGGGUUCCCACGGACAGAAAAGAAGAGGCAGAAAGAGAAAACAGAAAAGAGGACGUGGUGUCAAAAAUGAGAAGAGCGAAGCAAAGGGUGUGAAAAGAGAGAGGUCACCUGAAACUGAGGAAGAUGCCGAACCAUCAGAUAAUAAACUUUGGACCACUGUCAUUAAAAGGACCACUGUCUGUGAUUCUGGUGGUGUCUCAGAGAGUGUACCUCAGGACUCACUAACUCCUGAGCCAUCUAACACCUCUCACAAAAGAAGUCAACGAGUCAAAGCAUGCUCUUUCUGUCGCAAGACUUUCACUGAAACACUGGGCUUGACAAGACACAUGCGAUCUCACAUUGAACAGAGGUCACACAAAUGCACCCUGUGUGGGCAAGACUUUGAAUUCAGUGAGGACUUAGAGGAGCACCAGAAGAGUAGCUGUGAGGAGAAGAAGAGUGGUGAUGACUACUGUGGGAGAACUGUCCAGAAAAAAAAAUAUCAGAAAAAAAACCCUGAUCUGAAAAGAGACAAAAAGCCUGAUCUGAAAGGAGACAAGAAAACUCAUCUGAAUAGAGCCAAAAAGAAAUAUCGGAAAAGAGCCAAAAAAUCUGAUCUGAAAGGACACACAAAAGAGGGCACCAUAAUGUGCCAUGUGUGCGGGAAAGUAACUACUCGUAUUGUAAGUUUGCAAAGGCACCUUCUACUUCACUUCAACAAUGGCGCAUACAAGUGCCCUGUGUGUCCAAAGACUUUUAUAUUAAAUUGUGAUUUGAGAUCACACCUGAGAUUGAAAAGAUGUUCUGAUAAAGUAAUUACAACCAGGCUCCACCUCAAAUCCAACCCUGGGGAUUACAAGUGUCCUUACUGUGGGGACACUUUCCAGCUACCACGUGAUCUGAAAGGACACACAAAAGACUGUUCCAGAAAGUGCCAUGUGUGUGGGAAAAUAAGUUCUCGAAAACUGGAAAUGCGAAGGCACAUGUUAAAACACAACAACAAUGGCCCCAUCAAGUGCCCGGUGUGUCCAAAGACUUUUGCAUACCAUACUGAUUUGAAGAAGCACCUGAAAACAAAAAAACUAUGUAGGGAGAAAUGUUCUGAUGUCAAGGUGAAGAACAAUGCUGAUUUGAAAUUGCCCCAAAGAUUGAAAAGGUCUUAUAGGAAGACAUUUUCUGAUGAUGUAAUUACAACCAAGAUCCACUUCAAAUCCAACCCUGGGGAUUACACGUGUCCCUACUGUGGGGACACUUUCCAGUUACCACGUGAUCUGAAAGGACACACAAAAGACUGUUCCAGAAAGUGCAAUGUGUGUGGGAAAACAACUUCAACAGCACGCGGCAUGCGAAGGCACAUGUUAAGACACAACAACAAUGGCCCCUACAAGUGCCCGGUGUGUCCAAUGACUUUUAUAUACCAUCCUGAUUUGAAGAAGCACCUGAAACUGAAAAAACAUUGUAGAGCGAAAUGUUCUGAUGUGAUGAUGAAAGAAAUACUGUCUUCAGGAGGCGGUAGAUGUUGGAAAAUGUUCAAUGAAACAGCAGUCAUGACAAACAGCCAACAACCAAGCUCCAGCAACACAGCUGGGCCUUGGAAGAGAAUUGAAGAGCUUGCUCAUGACUCGCAGCAAUCCGAUAACGGCAUGAGUAGUGAUAUGAACCUUAAUAGCCUUGAAGAAGACCACAGUGACAAGAUCAGUCAAUACCAACCCAUUAAGGAUGUUGACCUGAAUAGCCUCUAUGAAGACUACUGUCAGGAGAUCAGUCAAUACCAACCCAUUAAGGAUGUUGACCUGAAUAGCCUCUAUGAAGACUACUGUCAGGAGAUCAGUCAAUACCAACCCAUUAAGGAUGUUGACCUGAAUAGCCUCUAUGAAGACUACUGUCAGGAGAUCAGUCAAUACCAACCCAUUAAGGACGUUGACCAAUCCAACCCUGGUGAGUACAAUUGUCCUUACUGUUGGGACACUUUCCAGCUCCCAGAUGAUCUGAAAAGCCACACAAAAGACUGUUCCAGAAAGUGCCAUGUGUGUGGGAAAAUAACCUCAAAGGCAUGUGACAUGCGAAGGCACAUGUUAAAACAUGACAACAAUGGCCCCAUCAAGUGCCCGGUGUGUCCAAAGACGUUUAUAUUCCAUACCGAUUUGAAAACACACCUGAAAACAAAAAAACUUUGUAGGGAGAAAUGUUCUGAUGUGAUGGCAAAGGAAUUACUGUCUUCAGUCGAUGGUAGAUGUAGGAAAAAUGUUAAUGAAACAGGAGUCAUGACAAGUUGCGAUCAACCAAGCUCCAGCAACACAGGUGGGCCUUCGAAGAGCGGGCCUGUGUUGGGUUUGAAGAGCUUUGAAGAGUUCUUUGAAGAGCUCUCUAAUGACUCUGAUAUCAGUAUGAAUAGUGACGUGAACCUGAAUAGCCUCGAUGAAGACUACAGUCAGGAGAUCAGUCAAUACCAACCCAUUAAGGAUGUUGACCUGAAUAGCCUCGAUGAAGACUACAGUCAAGAGAUCAGUCAAUACCAACCCAUUAAGGAUGUUGACCUGAAUAGCCUCUAUGAAGACUACAGUCAGGAGAUCAGUCAAUACCAACCUAUUAAGGAUGUUGACCAAUCCAACCCUGCGGAGUACAAUUGUCCUUACUGUAGGAAGACUUUCCAGCUCCGACAUGAUCUGAAAGAACACAAAAAAGACUGUUCCAGGAAGUGCCAUGUGUGUGGGAAAGCAACUUCGACGCCAUGCGGAAUGCGGAGGCACAUGUUAAAACACUACAAUGGCCACAUCAAGUGCCCGGUGUGUCCAGCGACUUUUGUAUACCAUACUGAUUUGAAGAAGCACCUGAAAACAAAAAAACUAUGUAGGGAGAAAUGUUCUGGGGUGAUGGCGAAGGAAUUACUGUCUUCAGUAGAUGAUAGAUGUAAGAAAAAUGUCAAUGAAACAGAAGUCAUGGCAAGUUGCGAACAACCAAGCUCCAGCAACACAGGCGGGCCUUCAAAUGGCAUUGAAGAGUUUUCAUAUGAUUUUCAGCAAUCCGAUAACAGCAUAAGUAGUGAUGUGAACCUGAAUAGCCUCCAUGAAGACAACAGUCAGGAGAUCAGUCAAUGCCAAGCCAUUAAGGACAUUGACCUAUCCAACCCUGGUGAGUACAAGUGUCUUUACUGUGGGGACAUUUUCCAGCUCCCUGAUGAUCUGAAAGGACACACAAAAGACUGUUCCAAAAAGUGCCAUGUGUGUGGGAAAAUAUCCUCAAAGGCAUGCGACAUGCGAAGGCACAUGUUAAAACACUUCAACAAUGGCCCCAUCAAGUGCCUGGUGUGUCCAAAGACAUUUAUAUUUCACACUGAUUUGAAAACACACCUGAAAACAAAAAAACUUUGUAGGGAAAAAUGUUCUGAUGUGAUGGCGAAGGAAUUACUGUCUUCGGUAGAUGGUAGAUGUAGGAAAAAUGUGAAUGAAACAGGAAUCAUGACAAGGCUCCAAGAACCAAGCUCCAGCAACAUAGGCGGGCCUUCGAAGAGCGGGCCUGUGUUGGGUUUGAAAAGCUUUGAAGAGUUCUUUGAAGAGCUCUCUAAUGACUCUGAUAUCAGCAUGAGUAGUGAUGUGAAUCUGAAUAGCCUCCAUGAAAACUACAGUCAGGAGAUCAGUCAAUACCAACCCAUGAAGGAUGUUGACUUGAGUAUCCUCCAUGAAGACUACAGUCAGGAGAUCAGUCAAUACCAGCCUAUGAAGGACACUGACCCGAAUAGCCUACAUGAAGACUUCAGUCAGGAGAUCAGUCACUACCAACCCAUGAAGGAUGUUGACCUGAAUAGCCUCCAUGAAGUCUAUAGUGAUGAUAUCAGUCAAUACCAACCUGUUAAGGACAUUGACCCACAGGGGGACAGAAGGUCUGUAAAUGAUUCAGGGGUAAAUGAGAUGCCCAAUGUCAAAGAACCAAACUCAACCAACGGCCCAGGGCCUCUCCAGGACUCAAUCUGAGCCAAACAGAGAAGCUAAGAAUGAGAUACAGGUGAUACCGGUGUCAACAAUACAUACAACAAAACUAAAAGCCCUGCAAUUUAAGGUUAUAAGAAAAUGAUGAACAGCAACAACUUCCUUAUAUGUAUUUGUUUUUUUUGUAGCUAUUGUUAUGGAUUAGGUAUUUAGAGAUGAUAGAGAGAUUCCCACUAGUAAUUACCAGUUGGAGGGGCAUUCAAGUGGAUCUUUCCCAGUCUUAUGUAGGGAUUUGCGAAUUUGCGAGAUGUUUGAACGCAGCAUAACCCGAGUGAAAAGUCAGUUGUCUCUUAGGUGGCGGAGUCUCUCGAUAGUUGUGAGGUAUCCCCGGUUUGUGAAGCUACUCAUGUUCAUAAGAGUGCUGAUGGCAAACCGGAUGGGGAGAAGGAUGAUUUAUGUGGGGACAUAGAGGAAACAUUCUUUGCCAAACUAGACGGUGGUUUCCAGGUAAUAGUUCAUCAUAGUGAGAAAGUUUAUUCUUGUGUGUAUCUCGGUUAGAACUUCUGGGCAGAGAUAUACAGUGCCGUGAAAAAGUAUUUGUCCCCUUUCUAAUGUUCUCUGCUUUUGCAUUAUUGUUAUACUGAAUUAUCAGAUCUUCACCCAAAAUAUAAUAUUAGAUAAAGGGAACCUGAGUGAACAAAUAACACAAUUACAUACUUAUUUCAUUUAUUUCAUUAACAAAGUUAUGAAACACCCAUUUCCCCUGUGUGAAAAAGUAAUUUUCCCCUUCCACUCGAUAACAGUCUAUGCCACCUUUAGCUGCGAUGACUCCAACCAAACGCUUCCUGUAGUUGUUGAUCAGUCUCAUGUGGCUGUGGAGGAGUUUUUGCCCACUCUUCCAUGCAGAACUGCUGUAACUCAGCGACAUUUUGUGGUUUUCAAGCAUGAAUUGCUCAUUUCAGGUCCUGCCACAACAUUUCAAUUAGGAUUAGGACAGCGGAGUCAAUCACCACCUUCCGGAGACACCUGAAACCCCACCUCUUUAAGGAAUACCUAGGAUAGGAUAAAGUAAUCCUUCUCACCCCCCUUAAAAGAUUUAGAUGCACUAUUGUAAAGUGGCUGUUCCACUGGAUGUCAUAAGGUGAAUGCACCAAUUUGUAAGUCGCUCUGGAUAAGAGCGUCUGCUAAAUGACUUAAAUGUAAAUGUAAAUGGCAGGACUUUGACUAGACUAUUCCAAAACUUUAAAUGUGUUGCUUCUUUAGCCAUUUUCAUGUAGAUUGUGUGUUUUGGAUCAUUGUCUUGCUCCAUCACCCAGCUGCGCUUCAGCUUCAGCUCAUAGACGAAAGGCCUGACAUUCUCCUGAAGAAUUCUAUGAUAUAGAGCAGAAUUCUUGGUUCCUUCUACUAAGGGAAGUUGUCAAGGUCCUGAGGCAGCAAAGCAUCCCCAAACCAUCACACUACCACCACCAUGCUUGUCUGUUCGUGUGAGGUUCUUACUGUGGGAAUGCAGUGUUUUGGUUUAUGCCAGGCAUAAUGGGACCCAUGCCAUCCAAAAAGUUAUAAUUUUAAAUGAUCUGUCCAUAGAACAUUCUUCCAAGAGUUGAUGAUCAUCAAGGUGCUUUUUGACAAACUUGAGGGAACUUUUUGGACGACAUGGAUCCCAUAAUGCCUGGUGAUAACCAAACACUGCAUUCCAAAGUAAGAACCUCGUACCCAACGGUCAAGCAUGGUGCAGCUAGACAAUGAUCCAAAACACACUAUCAAGUCUACAUGAAAAUGUCUAAAAAGCAACAUAUUUGAAGUUUUGAAAUGGUCUAGUCAAAGUCCAAACCUAAUCCCAAAUGAGAUAUUGUGGCAGGACUUGAAACGAGCAGUUCAUUCUUGAAAACCCACAAAUGUUGCUAAGUUAAAGCAUUUCUGCAUGCAGGAGUGGGCCAUAAUUCCUCCACAGCGAUGUGAAAGACUGAUCAACAACUACAGGAAACAUUUGGUUGCAGUCAUUGCAGCUAAAGUUGGCACAACCUGUUAUUGAGUGUAAGGGGGCAAUUACUUUUUCACACAGGGGAAUUGGGUGUUCCAUAACUGUUAAUACAUUAUUAUAUUUAAAUAAAAAUGUUUACCUUAGGUUUCCUUUAAUAUUAGGUUUUGGUUGAAGAUCUAACAUUCAGUAUAAAAAAUAUGCAAAAAUAGAGAAAAUCAGAAAGGUGGCAAAUACUUUUUCACAGCACUGUAUUUGAGGAAGUGUGGCCUCUGCACAGGAUGAGGUUGAUUCAUGUUUCAAUUUAUGGGAGACGUUCUUUGUUUUGUUGAGUGACACUGAGCAACUAGGUUCUCUUGGUGGUCUGAGAAAGCAUUUGGUUCCCUGAGUGAUCUGUUGGAUUCAGAGUUUGUCAGUGAUGAUUUUGUUCCUUUAGCUGACAUAUUCUGUGAGGUUAGUGAGGAUCCGCUGGAAGACCCGGGCUGGGUAUUGCGGGAUGACACGGCUGUGUCUUGUUACAAGAAUAGGGUGCUUGAAGAAUUGGGUUUGGAAAAGCCAGAUCCACUACAGAGUGAGUUUUGUGACGUUAAGUGUGAGGAGAUGAAGAUGUUGGUCAAUGUUCACUUGUCCCUGUUGGUGGUUGCUCCAGGUCUCUAAUCACUGGACACCUCUCAGAUGGAGCUUGGUGCGUGUGACCACGGGCGCUGUGAAUGGAGUUGGUCUCUCAGGGGGCGGAGUCUCUCAAGGAGAGUUUUGAGGUAUCCCCAGUUUGUUAAGAUGCUCAUGUUCAGAAGAUGGCAAACCAGAUGGGGAGAAGGAUGAUUUGUGUGAGGACUCUGUGUCUCUGUUCCUCUCCCUCAAGUUUGAGUUUUGCAGGUUCAGGCAAAAAUUAAACAGUUAGCGCAGACAACAUUUUCUGCGCUAAACUAUGUAAAAACGACAACUUCCUAUGUCCCACAGUUUGUGCUUCUCAGAUUUCUUUCUAAAAAUCUGUGCUUUGAGCUCACACAAAAAAACAAACUAAAUUGAAUUAAAAUAAUUGAAAGCUAAAUUAAACCGAAAUGUAGGCUAAUCGCUCAGCACUAGUGUACAUAUUGGUCUCUUUAGUUAAGGAAGUUUUAUGGGGGGGUGUAUUACAAGUUUUGAAAAAUUCAGGAAAAUAGAUUGUGGUGACUGUGAGGUUUUUUCUUGUUGGGGGAGAAGUUAUAGAAUAGGUUUGGUAGUUAAGUAUGUAGGCUUAGGACCCCUAGACAUAACGAGUCAGUAGGCGAGUAAAUCGGUUUCAUAACAAUGUGUAGGAAUAGGAACUCAAAAGUGUAGAAAUAUGGCGGUAGUUCUCCUGAACCUGGGCCCCUAUUCUCAGUGUUUUUGCCUUUCAGAUAAUAAUAAAUAAGAGAAGGAGUAGCUGAUCCUAGAUCAGCAUUCAUACUCUGAAAAUCUUUAGAACCUUUAUAAUCUAGGACCCAGACUGAAAGGCAAAUGGAGCACCAACAUGUACACAACACUUGGCACUGAAGUCAACUGUACUGACAGACAGAGCUUGUGACACAGUGGGAAACGGUUCACUUAAGAUCUUGGUGAGGAUGACUUCACCACAUGGUGACUACUAGUUCUAGCCUGUAAGUUUCUCAUCCACUACACUCACCCCCUAGUAGUCUGCUACAGUAGUCUGUGAUCCGGGUUACAGCACCAUUGUAACAGAGUGAGUUCUGUCCCCACCUGGGACACAAACUCUGGGGGUUGCCUCUGGACCGGGCUAAGAGACAUUCCUUUUUAUUAUUCUUUACAAAAAUGUGACAAACUAUAUAUCUUCUUUCCCCUUUCUCUCCCUCUCUUUAUCCACUUUUUUAACACUUCUAUAACACUUAACUAUCAUGUAAUGUCACUGUAUACUGGAAGUCACUUUGGAUAAAAGCUAUGGGUUGCCUAUUGGCCGAGCUGAAGUGACUUUUUUGUGUGCAUGUUUUUCUUUUUACUUCAUGUCAAAAUGUGGUAACUGUAUAUUCUUUCUCCCUCUCUCUAUGUAUCAUUAAUUACCCACUUUUAUAACAUUUUUAUAAUGCUUAAAUGUCAUGUCACUGUAUACUGUAAGUCACUUUGGAUAAAAGCAUCUACGACGCUUUGUAUUUACAUGUUUAUCCAUCCGUUUUUUAAAGUUGACAUUGGUGUGAUACAUUUCAAUAUAUUAAAGAAGACAAAUUAAAAGGCA